GCGUCGGAGAAGAAGGCAAGCAACCCGAUGCGGGAGAUCAAGGUGCAGAAGCUCGUGCUCAACAUUUGCGUCGGAGAGAGCGGCGAUCGCCUCACGCGCGCUGCCAAGGUGCUGGAGCAGCUGAGCGUCAAGUGCCCGUCUUCCUCCAAGGUUCCGCUCGCCCGUUUUCUCUCCCCCCCUCCCCCAUCCGCUCCCUUCCCCAGACGCCGUCGCGCUACACGGUGCGGUCGUUUCGGCAUUCGGCGUAACGAGAAGAUCGCGUGCUACGUGACAGUUCGCGGCGAGAAGGCGCUGCAGCUCAUUGAGAGCGGACUCAAGGUGAAGGAGUUUGAGUUGCUUCGCCGCAACUUCAGCGCCACUGGCUGCUUUGGGUUUGGAAUUCAGGAGCACAUUGACCUGGGAAUCAAGUAUGACCCGUCCACUGGCAUUUACGGAAUGGACUUCUUUGUUGUGCUCGAGCGCCCCGGCUACCGCGUGUCGCGCCGACGGCGGGGCCAAGUGCCGCGUGGGCAUUCAGCACCGCGUGACCAAGGAGGAUGCGAUGAAGUGGUUCCAUAA